CUUUAGGGACAUUACAUAUUGAUAAGCUUCCUACGAAUGCUUAUGAUGUGAGGGAACGGAGAGACGAAUACCACAUUUAUCCCUCAUCUUUAGCCUCACUUUGGGCAAGUGGCCAACUAGCCUUCAAUGGAUCAGAUAUCCUAGUGAAAAUAUCCAUAAGCAAUACGAUUAUUUUCGAAAGCAUUGAAUGCAAUAUGCAAUCGAAAAACUGAAUGACAGCAACAGUAAAUUAAUCAAUUGAUUUCAAUCAAAACCAAUCUCACAGAAGGAGAGUGAGAGAAACUGAAACCGAUAUCGAAAUGCUCCCGUUCUAUGACUUGUGGCUGAUGAACGCCUUUGAUUCCAGAAUGGUGCUACAGAAUCACAACACAGUCGUGGCCCGCUCCACACUUACGCCGAAUGGCAGCAGCCACAACUUUGGCUCCUUCUCAGGAAUGGGACGGGCCCCGCUGAACGCGGGACAUGGCACACAGCGUCCGAUAGUUGAUCUACUGGUGGCCAUGGUGGCAGUGCCCGUCCUGAUUCUCUGCGCGCUGCAGCUGGAAAAGAAUCUGCGCGACAACAGCGAUCAGUCGCGCUGGCUGGUCUUUGCGCUGGGCAUUGGAAUGCUGGUGAUCAGCGUGAUCAUCUGCGGCUAUGUCACGCACCGCAUGGGCGUUUGCAUCUGGGCAGGGCCCAUAGACGAGGCCGGCAAUCGAGCCACCAACGGAGCAAUGUCGCACAUCAAUUCACAAAAUGAUGUGCUUCGCAUUGUGGACACUCUGCCCCCCAGCUAUGAGAGCGUGUUGAAAUUCGAGCUGCCACCUCCGUCCUACGACUGCCUGGUGAUCGAUAUUGAUGUGGAACAGAGCAAGGAUAUGGAAACGCCACAGACAUCGUCCAAGUCGAGUGCUAGUCGCUCGACAUCCUCGACGGAAGCCAUUCUACACAUCUAGGCCGGUGGAAGCAGAGGAAGGAGCCAACCUUUGCGGAGGAGGAGAGAGAACUACGAGAUUUUCCCCAACAGGCAGCGCAUCGGAUAACACCACACGAAACACACCACACCCAAACGCUGGCUCAACGUGCGAUACAUAAAAUGCGACUUUUACUAUAUGUAACUGCAUACAUACAUAUGUAAAUACAUAUGUAUGAAGGUGCAUCUGUAUAUCUCUAUCGGCUGGCUUACUUAUGGCCAUACUUAUAGCAUUGAGGCCUUGUAUUUACUUCGGUUCUAAGUACCUAGUAUUUUUUUUUAUAGAGCAUUCGAUGCAUUCGUCUUGUACAUAAAUACAUAC